AUGUCAACCUAUCAUAUAUCCGACUCCAAAUUGGACCCGGAAACGACAGCAAAGCACUACGACAGCUGGGCUGGUCAAUAUGACGAGGAGACCGUGACGCGGCUGCACUACACAGGUCACAACGUCUGCGCAGACGCUGUAGCGAAAUCCCUGGGCGGGUCGGACCGCGGGAAGGUCCGGAUCCUUGACGUGGCGGCCGGGACCGGGCUGUGCGGGGAAGAGUUGGUGCAGUUGGGCUUCACCGACAUAGACGCUGUUGACGGGAGUCAGGACAUGCUGAACCUGGCCGAGAGGAAGCAGAUCUACAAACGACUCAUCUGCGACUUUGUCGGGCCGAACCGUCUGGACAUCGAAAAUGACACCUAUGACGCCAUCGCUUGCUGCGGUUCCUUCGCUCCCAGCCACCUCAAGGAGGACUGUCUACCUGAGCUCAUCCGGGUCGUCAAACCAGGUGGCUAUAUCGUUAUAACGUUCCGUGAGGAGUACCUGCACACAGUGGAGGAUUACAAGGACAAGCUGGAGCCCACUAUGGCCCGUCUGCAGGACGAGGGACUAUGGGAACGAGUCAGCCGAGAGACCUUCCCCAAGUUCUACGAAGACAAAGACGGGAUCACCUUCGUAUACAAGGUCCUGUAGCGGGCGACAGUCCGGCUCAAAUGUAUCUUAGCUGAAAAUAAAACUUCUAAACUGAAA